AUGCUGUUUCUUUAUAUUUUAAAAAAAUUUGAACCAAUGGACAUAUUCUUUUCCGAAUAUAGUGAAAUUAUGGAUGAACAUAAAGGAACUACUCUUGUAUGGAAUGGUGAUUGCCAAAAAAUUAAUGAAAAUACCGUAAAUAUAAAUAUUUCUGGCAUUAAAGAUAAUAUAUGCCAUAAAGCUAUGCCGUAUCUAUUGUAUAUACAUGAUGACUUUAUUAAACAUAGAUAUAAAGAAGGAUUAAAAUACUUGUAUUUUUGGCUAUGCAAGGAAAGACUAAAUGAUGUAAAAGAUAGUGAAACUAUAAAAAAACUUUAUAAUGAACUACUUAAUGUAUAUAAUAACAGUGAAUUUGGUAGAAUGAAACAUCCAUCUCUUGUGGAUAAUAUUAAUGGUGAUGAAUGGAAAAAAAUUACAGAUAUAUGUAAUUUGAAUAUAUAUCUUAAUGAUGUAAAGGAAUCUAUAUCUCAAUCUCCUAUGGAAGAAAUCAAAUGCAAUUGCGCAAAUGAAUGUGCUCAAAUAUAUAUGGGUUAUGAGGAAUUAUGUAAAUCCGAUAGUAAGUCUUAUUUUUGCAAAACCUUAGAAAAUAUAAGAAACGUAUAUAAUAAUUUUCCACAAUUGAAUAAACAUUGUACUAAAAUUAUUUUCAAUCAAUUACCUUCAUUCAUAAAUCAGCACCAAAUUAUACCUAAAUCCAUGAAUCAGCAAAAUAAGAUACCGUCUUUCAGAACAAAUAAAUCAGGUACUAUUAUAAUUCUAACCCUUUUAAUAUUACUAAUACCCAUUUUUUUAUUUGUUGUGUAUAAGGUUAAUUGUUAUUUCACCCCAUAUGACUCAUUCUUACGUCGUGUAAUAAUAGGGAUUAAAAACAUGUGUCAUACUGUCGAUAAGGGAUGGAAUAUGUUUGAGCCUAAUGAUAUGUCCACAAAUAUUUCACGGAAUAGCAUAUAUAAUAUAUUACAUGAUUCUACCAAUUUUUAUCAUUAA